AUGCAAAAUACCUUGCCCUCUAAAUCCGACUCUGAUCCUUUGCGGUCACGGUCGGGCUUGGUCAAGACGCAUGAUGAAUUUCACGUCAUGUCAUUUUGGAUCUACCAAGAGCGAGCCAUCUCGCACAUUUUGAGCAAGGCAAAGGCUUUCAAUAUUAUUAAGGAGAACUGGUUCAAGGUUGUCUGCCUGAAGAAGGACACCCUCAAGGUCCAGGACCGCUUCGCAAGCCUUUUGUCGACUCUGGAUCAGGCAAUUAUAUGGGAUGAUGUGGUCGGCCAAGAUCAGGACCCUUUGGCCCAUCCAUGGAUACUCCGUCUUCGGCAGCCUAUCGACGACAACAACGCGAUACCUAAUGAGAAUGGACUGGACACCCACUCCGGCACGGAGCUUGCUCAUAUCUCCGAAGUCCCUUCGGACUUCCAGCAAUACAAAUUUGUCCGCAUUUUCAAGGAUAUCGACGAUCUGGAGCCCGAGCACGUUACUUGUGAAGACAUCAUUUGCCCUGAGUGGAUCAGCGAGCUUGAAAAUCUGUCAAGCGUCCGUAUAGCAGCGCCCGGAGUAGGACGUAUCGUCUAUAUCGGUGGCCAGAUCCGGAGCGACGUUGACACGGCCAUCACCCGUCUUUCAAAUAUACGCAAACGCUUCCAUGAGGUCAAGCCUCAGGUCCAGCAUACUCUCUAUACAGAGUCGUCUGCCCGGGGUACGCCAGUGGAGGCCAGGCUUUGCAACGAGAUAAACCCCGUGUUAGUCUCAGGAUGCAUCCUAGAUCCCACGCAUGUGUUGAAAGCCACGCCCGAAGAGUAUAAAGAACUCAAGAAUACUAUCAGCAUUAGAGCCGUGCAAGUUGGACCUAACGGCAAACAGCAGUCCUUUUUCGGUCCUCGGUCAAAGGGCUUGUUCGAAGUCCCACAAGGGAGGCGGUACAUUCAGCAAACUGCCCGUUGGACAUACGUUUCUAAGCAGCCUAGCGCUGUCACUGCCGCAGCGAGCAACACGAGCAAGGCCGGCUCCUAUUUUGGAGAGAAGCCUACUGUUAUGGGUUGGAUGCAAAACGUUACUUUAGAUCCCCCUGUGGGAAACGGAGUGAUCGAUUCUAACCUUGGAAUAUCGCAUGAGGUCGCUGCUCCUCCAAUCAUGGGAUUCCAACAAGCAAGGCAGGCUUCUCCAGCGACUGUUGGGCUGUUAUCUCAACCACGAGCUCCCCAAAAGAGCAAAAUCACCAAUGCGACUGAAAAAUGGCACGCGGUGAAUGUUGGAACUGACGCAGGACAACCCAAACAUUUGGGCUUUUCGCGACCACAGUCGACAGGAAACCAGCCUCACAUUUCACAAGGGGCAAAAAGACCUUGGUCUUCUGCAGCUGGAACACCGAAAACAAGCAAAGCCAGUGCACUGGACUCAUAUAGGAGCCGUAUAGGAACGCAAGCAUCGGGUCAGGAUACAUGGCCUGCUCCGCCACCUCCGGCUUUGAACUCUUUCGCGGAGUAUCCGGCCCUCGGAACGCCAGCAAACUCAAAAUCCAGCUCAAGACCACAAGCCUCCGUUGAGCACCCGCAGACAGUCAGCGAAUCUGAGACUCGGGUGUCGGCAAAGAUACUCUACCCGCAUCGUCUGCUUGAGGAGACGCCACAUAUGGCUCGGGAGAUGAAGCAAACAGAGACAAAUUUUAGAACGACGCCAACACAUAUUACAAAUACACCGCGACCUUUUGCCUUUGAUAUGGAGCCACUUAUUCCCCUCCAAGGAUCACUUAGUCUGCGUCCUUCGAUUGUGGCCUAUGAUGAUAGGAAAACCGACACAUACCACAAGACAAUGAGACAGAUGGCACCCUCACGCAGGCUGCAGACACAUUCUCACCGGAGUCAACCGCCUAUGAUGCUGGAUCCGGAUGCUGUAUUUGUGGAAGAUCUCAACAACAAGGUUGGCAGCUUGAUUGAGCAUCUACGUUUCCGAAGGGGCAAAGUAGACUUCCGCGUUGUGCUUGGACGCGUUUACCUCAAAAGAUUCACCCGAGAAGGGCUUGCAACGAACAAAAGAUAUGAGAAUCAUUACGGUUGGGACCCGGAGCUUUUCCUGGAAAGAAUGCACAAGCGGUACUCGUCGUCGGAUGACAUACUCUUUGCAGAUAUACUGUCCAUAUACGGACAAGACGCAGAGGCUUUGCACGAUAUUACCAGGCGGUGUGCUACUCCCCGUACACAAGCUGUAAAGGCGAUGCCAUGGAAACAACAUGGUGUCCGGGUGGUAUAUGAGUUCACUUGUCAGAUCAGCAAUGACAAGGCUUUUGUGAUUGAGGUUGAGGCUGAAAGCUUCGAGUUUGAGAUCAGGGGUGUAUCUCACCAAGUGUCCCCGAUUCUCAUCCAUUGCAUCCAUCGCCAUUGGGAUUUAGCUGUUACUGCUGCAUGCUCCUCGGCCCAAGGGAUUAACAAUCUGUGUCAGACCUUUGCCGAGAACCUGGUAAAGUCUUUGGAGAUUCCCCCAAACACGACUGGAAAGCCCAAGCUAUGCUAUACUGAGGCAUAUCACAGCAGUCCGAAUAAGCCCAUAGUGACUGCACUACGUGUUCUGCACGUCGUUAGCUUUGUUUCUCCUGAGAAAGAAACUCAACUUCGCGUUACGCAAGUCCAGGAUAUGUCGGCAACACUGCUCCCGGGCCGACACGGAGGUUGGAAUCGAUACAGAGCCUCUCUGGCAAAGGAAAACCCGGGCCAAGGCAUCUUCUCGACUUGGUUCACGGCGUCCGUAUCAUCCAAUCAAGCUGAUGAGAUUUUCAAGUCAAACAUGACUUUGAAUCUAGGGGAUGAAGCUGAGUGGACUACAAAAGAUCUCCUAAAAGAGGGGUGCAUCGAGUCAUUAUUGAAGCGCACGCUGGAGAUGGUGAAGGAGAUGGACGACAUUGGCGUUCUAUGCGAUAAUGGACACGGGGUGCCUUCUGGGGAAAAGAUCAAUGUCCCAAACUCGCUAGCACCAAUCGACUUUUGGUAA